GGUGGCGGCGGCGGCUUCGCCCAGCUGCACAACCUGGACGAGGCGGCGGCGGCCACGGGCGGCGGCGUCGGGGCAGCGGCGGCCGAGGUGGCGGAGGAGCCGGGCGCAAGCAGCUCCUUGCACAUCUGCCACUGCUGCAACACGUCGUCUUGCUACUGGGGCUGCCGGAGCGCCUGCCUGCGGAACCUCUUCGGGCGGGCCGCCGCCACCGCCGCCGCCGAGCCGCUGGCCCCGCGCCCCCCCGCCGCCGCCGCCGAAGGGCCGCCGGAGGGCGGCGAGGCGGCCGAGCGGCCGUGGCUGGACUGCCUGUGGAUCGUGCUGGCGCUGCUGGUGCUGCUGGGGGAUGUGGGCACGGACCUGUGGCUGGCGCUGCACCACUACGGCCGGCGGGACUACUUGUGGUGCGGCCUCACCCUGGCCUUCGUGCUGCUGCCCUCGGUGCUGGUGCAGAUCCUGAGCUUCCGCUGGUUCGUGCAGGACUACACGGGCGGCGGGCUGGGCGCCGUGCAGGGGCUCAGCAGCCGCGGGCCGCCCAUGAUGGGGGGGACCGCGGGCCGGCGUGGGGGACCCGCCGGCGGGGUAGGAGGAGCCGGCGGCACCGCCACCCCCGGGGCGCAGCGCCUCUGCAGGAUCUCCGUCUGGGUCUGGCAGUCCGUCAUCCACCUGCUGCAGAUGGGGCAGGUCUGGAGGUAUAUCCGAACCAUGUACCUGGGGAUCCAGAGCCAGAGGCGGAAGGAACACCAGCGGCGUUUCUACUGGGCUAUGAUGUACGAAUAUGCAGAUGUAAACAUGCUGCGCCUCCUGGAAACGUUCCUCGAGAGCGCCCCUCAACUGGUGCUACAGCUCUGCAUAAUGAUCCAAAAGAACCGUGCAGAAACAUUACCAUGUGUGUCCUCUGUGGCCUCCCUGAUGUCCCUGGCUUGGGUGCUAGCCUCCUAUCACAAGCUUCUUCGGGACUCUAGGGACGACAAGAAGAGUAUGAGCUACAGAGGGGCCCUCAUCCAUCUCUUCUGGCGCCUCUUCACCAUCUCAUCCCGAGUUAUUUCUUUUGCUCUCUUUGCUUCCAUCUUCCAGCUCUACUUUGGGAUCUUUGUAGUGGUCCAUUGGUGUGCCAUGGCUUUCUGGAUCAUCCAUGGUGGGACAGAUUUCUGCAUGUCUAAGUGGGAGGAGAUCCUCUUCAACAUGGUGGUAGGGAUUGUGUACAUUUUCUGCUGGUUUAAUGUCAAGGAAGGGCGGACUCGAUACCGAAUGUUUGCGUAUUACACGGUGGUCCUGACGGAGAACGCUGCCUUGACGCUCCUUUGGUAUUUUUACAGAGAUCCCGAGACCACUGACUCCUAUGCCGUGCCAGCACUGUGUUGUGUCUUUCUUAGCUUUGCUGCUGGGAUAGCUUUGAUGCUGUUAUAUUAUGGUGUGCUGCAUCCCAUGGGGCCAAGAGCUAAGAUCUUUGCCAGCUCCUGUUGCGCCGAGCUGCUCUGGGGCAUUCCUUUGCCCCCCGAUGUUGAGCCCAUGGCGCCUCAAACCCCUGGGUACCGGGGGGCCCAGGCUACGCCCACCAGAGCGGUCACGGAGCAACAGGAGGAACUCACAGCUGACACUUGCUUGCCCGUUUUCCAGGUGAGAGCAAUGGUACCAUCUACUCCAUCUGGGCGACCCUACCCCCCCGAGGGGCCUCUCAUUAAGAUUGACAUCCCAAGAAAAAGAUACCCUGCCUGGGAUGCUCAUUUUGUAGACAGGAGGUUAAGAAGAACUAUCAACAUCCUCCAAUAUGUCACCCCCACAGCUGUAGGUAUUAGGUAUAGAGAUGGACCUCUCUUAUAUGAGUUGCUACAAUAUGAAUCUUCACUUUAAAGCUCCUUAAAGCAAAAGUAAAAGAGGGGACCUUAUUUUUGUUUACGGUAAACACAGAUCAUGAAACAAACACAAACCUUCAGAUAAGCUUUCUUUCUGGUUGCUGUAUGUAUAAAAAAAAAAAAGAUAUUCUCUAUGUUUUGUAAGUAAAAACAAAAAGAAAAACUUUUCUUUUGUUUUUUACACACAAGAAACAGUAUUUCAACUUCCACACCUAGGAUUCACAGGUGGAGAAGGAGGCAUCUCCACAUCAGUUUUAUACCGUACACCAAGUGUAGAACAUUAUUUAUGGGAUUGGUGCUGAUUGAAAAAUAAAAAAAAAAAAAAAACAAACAAACAAACCUACAACUGCCUUAUGCCCUUAGGUGCUGAGUUUCAUUAAGUACUGUCACCU